AUGUCUGUAAUAAGUGGUAGCCCAUCUUCAGUUAUAUCUCUUCCAAUACAAAAUGAUUAUACUUCAUCUAUUAUAAAUGGCAACCAAUCUGCGAUGACUGCCGCGACGGCAAAUACAAUACUUCCUCCGGAUCAAGCAAAUAUUAAUUUCAAACCGGCAACUACAGCAAUCGCAAAAGUUAAUAAAUUAAAAUUACAAGUUUCAUUGGAUUCUACAAUUUACACUGCUGGUGGUAUUUUAACUGGUAGACUUGUUUUGGCAAGCACUACUUCACGUUCAUUAAAACUUGGUGAAAUAUCCUGCGAAUUAACAGCUUACGAAGAAUUAACGACAAGGGAUUAUACUGCAUCUCAAUCUUUUCUAUCUUCAAGAUUGGUUUUUCAAAGUACAAAUUUACCUCCAUCUAAUGCUGUUUAUGGUCCUAAAGAUAAUGGCUUUUGGACGGCAAAGAAAGGGAAAACAACCUUCCCAUUUGCUUUCAAGAUUCCAAUUGAUGCUCCAAGUUCUAUAAAAUAUGGAAAUAAUGCUAGUUUAAAAUACGUUGUGACUGGAGUUAUUCAGUUUAUAAACGUUGCCAAAGAUAAUAAGGAGGACACAUUAUAUAAAUCCAAAGAAGCAUUUAUUGUCGAAGCGUGGGAUAGUUACAAUCCUAUUUACAAAACACCUGUGGAUGCCGUUAAUAUGAAACAAUUAUGGAUGGGAGGCCCUGGUGCAGUAAUGAUCGAAAGCUCUUUAGUUGAAACGUUAUUUCAAAGUGGUGGAAAUGUUAGUGUUAAAGUUAGAGUGAAAAACGAUACGAAAAGACGAGUUCAAGGACUUAAAAUAGCAAUUUUACAGCGACUUCUUAUCCUUGCAAAUAAAGCUAAGAAAGAGAUUGAUGAAGUUAAAAUUGUUGGUGAAACUGUAGCGGAGGAAUGGUUCAAAGACAAAGAUUUCUGCUUUGAUUGUGGAGAAGAUCGAACUACAACUGUUCAUAUUCAUGUUCCGAAAGAUGUAAGAUCGAUAAGAAAUACGGCACUUUUCGAAGUCGUAUGCUAUGUGGUUGUAUCAUUGAAAGAUCUGACAGUUCAUCUACCCGUCAAUAUUGCACAUUCUGCAUCAUUACAACCUGUACCUAUAGCUGACACAGAUCUUAAUGUUUUUCCAAAUCACUAUAAUAUGAUGGAUGAGAACACUGACUUUUUUGUUGAGGAUAUUAGAAAAGAUGAUUCAGAAGUUCUUGGAAAAGUUUCAUCACCAAUGAACAUUCCUUCGAAUAAAGGUAGAGUUCUUCCUUGGUCUGAUGAUGAAGAUGAGAAAAAUAAUAAUUCACCAUCAAAAGGUUCGGUUAUAUCAUAUAUACUUGGAUCUGCUAGUCCUAAAGGACUUGGGUCACUGGCUCAAUCACUUCUUGGAAAACAAAAGCAAAUGUCACCGUCUUCUCCUUCCAAAUUGAUCGCUAAAUCCGAACCACUAGCUCCAGCAUCUCCUUAUGUCUACAUUCCUGCAAUUGAGCGUGUAAGAUAUCUUUCAUUUACUACUCAAGAACAAGGUGCCAUACAAAAAAAACCUUUCGAUGAAUCUAAGUCACACAUAAAUGGAUUUGGGUAUUAUGAUGGAUCAUCAGAAAAAAAUUCUCCACCAGAAAAUGAAUCACCACCAUCAAAAACUGUUCAAAAAUGUCAAACAUGGUUAGAGAAUCAACAAAGUGAUAGCUCACCUGAUUCAACAAGUAUUGUUUCAACUGAAGGUGAAAAAAUAACUGCACAAGGCAGUCCUUCUCCAUGGUCUCAUAUAAACAGAGCACAAGAAAUCGCUAGUUCUUCAUCGCCAAUUACUAUUCCUUUUGAUCAACAAGGAAUGUCACCAAUUACGAUUCCUAAAAAAGAUAAUAUCCUGCCAGAAGAUGCAUUUCAGAGAAAUAACAGCACAGUAUCGUCACCAAAUGGUCCUUCUGGUCUUACUUUGUUAAUGAGAUCACGGCCUUCACCAUACGUGCAAGAUGAUUCAUCAUCUAUAAGUCAUCAAAGUCCUAAAAUACAUCCUUUACUAGUACCAACGUCAGUAGAUAAUAUUGAGGAUGAUUAUGUUGAUGUUCAAUAUGAAGAACCAACGUUAAAAUCAGAUUUUCUCCAAGUUCCUGGGCGUGAGCAAAAUGGACUAAGGACACCACCUCCCGUAGCUAUGGGAGCUAACGCAGGUUCUAAUUUGUCUUCAAUAUUUAAAUGGGGCACUUCGUUUAUGGGUUACAAAAAUAAUGAACCUUCCAAUCAAGAUGGUCAUAUUUCUAGUGAAAACGAUUCAGUAGAGCAAACAAUCAACUUUUCAAAUACAGAGACCUCUAUAGAGGAUGCGGCAAUUAAGGCAAGGCCUCGCCGGCCUCUUCCUGCCAUUCCUAACAGUGCUGUAAAAACCAAUGAGAUUUCCGAUAUGCAAAAUGACAAGAAUUCUUACGAUACACAGAUUCAAAAUAAUUCACAAAUUGUAUCAACAGAGGCUGAAGUUGUUCCAGUAACUAGGCCACGCCGUAACCUUCCUCCUAUACCUCCUAAGCCUGAUAUUUCUUCGCAGACAAAGGAAACAAAGGAUCUUGAUUCAACUUCUAACAUGUCUACUGAUGGAGAUAUUCCAUUAAAUCAAACUACGAGCGUUUUUACAACUAUUGAACAUGAGGUUGUCAUACCCCAGGCAAAAGUUGAAUCUAGUGAUGUAACUUCUAAGCCCGAAAGUCCUCCCAAACCCACUAAACAAAUUACGAAAGCAACAGUUGAUGUAACUUCUAAGCCUGAAAGUCCCCCAAAACCUACUAAACAAAUUACGAAAGUAACUUCUAAACCCGAAAGUCCCCCAAAACCUACUAAACAAAUUACGAAAGCAUCAAUAUUUGCAGCACUUGGGCAAAAACCAUUAGGAGUAUCAACUUCUUCCGCUCAAAUAACACCUCCAAAGAAUGUACCUAUUAUUCCUGAAAAGAAACCAGUUAAUAUGAGUCCACCAAAGCAAAAUGGAUUUAAUGUACCACGUAAACCGGUUAAUCGAAACAAUCCCUUAGCGGUAGAACAAAACAUAAAAUCAGAAAAUGCUAUAAAAGGAGAUGUUAAUUUGGAAUCUCGGAAUAUUUCAGAAAAUGCUGUAAAAGGAAAUGUUAAUUUAGAAACCCAGAAUAAUGUUGUAAAAGGAGAUGUUAAUUUGGAAACCAAAAAAAAUAUAUCAAAACCUAUAGUAAUCGAUAAUACACCAUUGAUUACCGCAGCACGAAAACCUUCAGAUGAUGAUACACCAUUAGUCACUAUUCCUAAACCUAUUGUUAAUAGUACACCAAUCAUUCCCGAUAUUCCCGCGAAAUCUAUUGAUGAUAUGCCAUUAAUUAGUGCUGCUAAAGGUGCUAUUAACAACAAUAUAUCGUCUUUACCUUCAUUAAUUACAAAACCUUUACCUGAAAUUAUUCCACAGAAACGAAGAAAUGGAAAAGGUGAAGAAGAUGAAGGAGGAUUGACGGCAAAAAUUAUUGAACCACCAAAACAAUCUGUUAGUCCUAGGAUACAAGAAUUUAUAUCAAAAUAUCAAGCUACUAAUGGGAAAUGA